AUGAAGUAUCAAUAUAUUCAUUUAGAAAUCCAAAUCAACCUAUGGUUAAAAGAAGUUUCCAUNUAUAAAGAAUUUUAAUUUUAAAGCGAUCACUAGAUAUUUUCAAUAUUAUUAACAAAUGAAAAUGGCAAGCUAACUGUCGGUCAAGAUUAUCCAAAUUAUAAUGAGAUUGGUAUUCCUUUUUCUUAUUCUUCCUCCUAUUUUUAAGUAGAUUUAGAAACUGUCUCGGUAAAUUUAUAAAUAAUUUAAGGAUGAUAAUAAUAACAUAGUUUUUUAACCAGAUCAACCUGAGGACUAUGAGAUUAUUGUAGAUACAGGAAGCACAUUAAUUAAUAUGGAUUCUGAAACUUUUUAAUCUUUUAUAAAAUCAUUUUCUAAAUGCUAAAAAGAUCCUAGAGGAUGUCCCUAAAAGUAUGAGAUAUAUGGAUACUAAUGUUAUUUUUAUAAUAGGCCUCAUUAUGGGGACAUCUCCAAUUUUUAUGAAACAUUUCCUGAGUUUAAUUUCAAUUUUACAAAUGGCUAUUAGUAUAAAUUGAGUGCCAAAGAUUAUUUGAUUAAUUUUUAGGAUGAUUAUUAUUGCUUGCCUUUUGAAGGUUUUGCAAGAAAUUAUGAAAAUAAAUUCAAAAAAAUCAUUCUUUUAGGAUAACCUUUUAUGAGAAAUAAAGAGUUUUAUUUUGAUUUGUAAGAAUAUCAAAUUUUCAUUAAAGAUCCUAAAGCAUCAUAAAAUUAUUUGCAUUAUACGAAUUUAUCAGAUGUGGUUUUGAAUACCUAUAUUUUUGUGGAACUUGCCUUUAUUAUUGGUAUUUGCUUUUUCUACAGAAAAUAUUCUGCCCAAAUAAGAGCAAUGUUUAGAUCCAGCAGACCAAACUAAGGGGUUAAUCCUUAUGCUUGA